AUGGAGUACGAUCUCGUAAUCACCAAUGGUAUCUGCGUGACUUCGAGCGAUGUCGCGGCGUACGACGUUGCUAUCAAAGACGAGAAGAUUGCUCUGCUCGCGCCCUCCGGUUCUCUCAAAGAUGCUAGUACAAAGCGUUUGAUUGACGCCGAGGGCGGCUAUGUCAUGCCUGGUGGUAUUGAUUGCCAUGUACAUCUUCAAGAGCCAAGAACGAGAUCGGGGAUUGCAGGCGGUACAACCACAAUUGUAUCCUUUGCUCCGCAGCAAAAACAUGAGGAUUCGGUAUUGAUACCACUCCGAAAUACACAUGCACUUGCAAAGGAUAACUGUUACACCGAUUAUGGUUUUCAUCUGUUGAUGGGAAAUCCAAGCAAGGAAGCUCUCGCAGAGCUGAAGGAGCUCAAAGAAGAGGAGGGUGUAACAUCCCUCAAAAUUUAUAUGACUUAUACUGCUCUUCAGCUCCGAGACGACCAGAUCUUGUCCGUACUCUUGGCAGCAAGAGAACUUCACAUUCAGACCAUGAUCCAUGCCGAGAACGGUGAUGUUUUGAACUGGCUGACCGACCAGUUAGAGGCUCAGAACCUAGUCUCACCGAAAUAUCACUCAAAUUCGAGACCGCCUGUACUGGAGUCAGAAGCAACAAACAGGGCAAUCGCACUAUCAUCUCUGAUUGCCAACACCCCUAUUCUUCUCGUCCAUGUCAGUGAUCCUGCUGCUGCAUUAAGGAUACGAGAGGCACAGACUCAUGGCCAGCCCAUUUUCGCGGAGACGUGUCCACAAUAUCUUUUCUUAACAAGAGAUGAUCUUGACAAGCCUGGGUUCGAGGGAGCGAAGUGUGUUUGCUCGCCACCACCAAGAAAUGCUGCCGACCAGCAGGCGAUCUGGAGGGGCUUGAAGAACGGCACAUUCACAGUGUUGAGCUCGGACCAUUGCCCGUUCCGGUUUGAUGAUGCUGAGACGGGCAAGAAGGCCUGCAUUACACACGAGCACCCCGUUGGACGCUUUCGAUAUAUCCCCAAUGGUCUUCCCGGCGUUGAAACUAGGAUACCUCUUGCCUUCUCCGCAAACAAACUCCCUCUCACAAAAUUUGUGGAGGUAACAUCGACCAACGCUGCGAAGUUGUAUGGACUCUACCCGAAGAAGGGCGGCAUGAUUCCUGGUGUAUCAGAUGCGGAUCUUGUGGUCUGGUACCCGGAUGAGAAGAAGCCAAAUUUGACUUUGACCAACUCCAUGCUUCACCAUGACUGUGAUUAUACCCCGUACGAAGGCCGGACAGUGGGUAACUGGCCUAGAUACACAAUUUUGCGAGGCUCUGUCGUAUGGGAUAGGGAUAACGGUGGAGUUGUAGGAAAGAAGGGAUUUGGGCAGUUUGUGAAGAGAAAGUCUGGCGUUUUGAACGAUGUAUGGAAGACUGUGGAUGAGGAGGGUCAAUUCGACCUGGAAAAACUGUAG